CGCUUAUUCCUCUCUUUCCCCCUCUCGCUAAGCGAGAUUUCACUAAACUUGCGAUUCGAAUGAAACCAACGAGUGAUGAGCUCGUUGUACCUUCACCAGACCCAAAUUUUUUUAAUCUACGAAGCAUUUAUCUCUUUUGACACGCCGCUCUGUUACGGUCGACUGGUAUUGCAUAGGCAGUAGCAAAGAAAAGCCAGUGUUUUUGCCUGCUAUGGAAGACGGCAGACGUUCACCAAGCUACCUACUUGGAUUCCCAGACUGGUCGAAGACUAUUUCAAGCGAUCCAGAUCACUUCGGACUUAUAUUCAGACGUUUCAAUGACUCGGCGUCUCGGAAUCUACUUUACCUGGAAGGACGCGUGGCUGCUCUGAGGAAGGCACAGGAAGAGCUCGAUCAGCAAGAUUAUUCCAUUGUAACACGAACGACAGAUGUGCUAAGUAAGAUACCAUCUGAAGGAGAAUGGAAAGAUCCCAAAAAGAAAUGCGUUCACCCAUUGUGGGUUAACUACAAGCAAGCAGCUACAUCGUGGGAGUGGUUCGCGACUUCUUCGCUUCCCGCCACGAAUGAGGGACUCAACAUGACUUACACAGCCCAACAACUAGACAUCCCAACAUGGCUUCUCCUUGAUUUUACCCGUCAGCGCAAUAACAACCUCUUCGAUUACCUUGUAACGAACCACCAAGUCUAUGCCCUACUACUAGAUCGAAGAGCCGUAGUGGAUGGGACAAGAAUGCUGCAAAUAUUCGGGGACUUUCUCAAACUGGAUGAGCGAGACGAUUCAAACAUUGUCGAUCAGCUAUCACAGCAACCUAAUUGGAAGGCUAAGAAGACCAUGAUCAUUGACAAAUGGUACGAAACCAGAGGCAAGAAUCAAGAACCUAGCAUGGAGCCACGACUCCACCACGGCAUCAGGUUGUGGGAAGAGUAUGUGGAAGAUCAAGCGGAAUGGAAGAAUAGUGUACAAAAGUCGGCUUAUAACCGAGAGCAGCUGCAAGAAAGGGAAUCGCGCAGCGACGCAAUAAGCAACAUCUGGGGUGUUUUGCACGCAAAGGACCCGAGCGAUAUUCCGAAAUCCUUGCAAGGCCAGUCCAUAUACAAGUUCUCCAGCGUGGCACAAGAUAUGGCGCGACGCGUGGAGCUCGCGACGUGUUUGAAAAACGCCAUACGCGAGUAUCAAGAGGCACUGAUCCUGCACCACAAAGUACUGAAUCUUGCUAACCCCGCCGGUCGCACAAGAGCAGCUAUGAAGAAGGCCUACGAACCCACCAUAGAACACGAGGAUCUAGUAGAAGGGGAGUUCGACUCAUCGAGCAGCAUGUCAAGGAUAUUUGAAGACGAGUCUGACCUUUUGACGUUACAUAUACGAGCGGGAGAGGACAGACUCUCGAGGUGGUUGGCGAGAAGAACCUGGCUUGGAUGUUUUUUACGAUGGGUUUUCGGGGACAAGACAGACGAGUACAGAAGAUUGAUCAUUGAGCCGGAGAAGAGGAUUGAUGCUAUUGUAAUCUCCUUCAACAUGGUAGCUGCAAUAGGAUUUCUGAUCGCCGCUGUCUGGGCGUUGUGGGCAAUCCAUGACUUUAUCACCAAGCUGGCGGCGAUGACGGGGUUUGUGGUAGCCUUUUCUCUUUGGGUUGGUCUUUUCACCAAGGCCGCUAAGAUGGAAGUGUUUGCUGCCACGGCGGCAUACGCAGCUGUCUUGGUCGUGUAUGUCGGUAGGGGUUAGUGGGAGGGACGGAGACGGAGUGGAUUGAAUUUAACCAAUCCUAUCUUUCACUUACUUCAACUCAAUCUCGGCGAGUACUAAUAUGCACUCACUCGUCUUCCUCGAUGCAUUUAACUUCAUCAUUGGAGUUGUUGAAUUGGGUCCGAGUCAAAGAAGACAUCGGCGUCUGCUAAGAUGCCAAAGGCUAGCCGUAAUGAUCGCAACCAUCGUGAUAGUAAUAAUAUCUGUAAUGACUGUGCUGAUAGUUUUGAACGUGGUGACAUUCGAGGCCAUCCCUGUCCCCGUUGGAUUGGAGUCUAUGUUGAAAGUGUAGGUGGUAAAGGAGUCACUCCAUGUAUACGGUACGGAUCAAGGGUCACGAAGGC